UUAUUUAACUGUAUGUUGUCGAAGUCCGAAGAGUACACUACACCUGACCGAAGUCUGAAGUGCACGUCCUCCGAUCUUCUCGAAUCUCGCACAACCGUCGCCUAGCACACAUGCGUUUGUAAAACCGUCGUUUUUCUUCUGUACACGAACGUUCGGCGAUGGCUGCUGGACCGAUUGCCGAAAGGAACCAAGAUGCAACAAUUUAUGUUGGGGGCUUGGAUGAUAAGGUGUCUGAAACUCUUAUGUGGGAAUUAUUUGUGCAAGCUGGACCCGUAGGAGGUGAAGAUAACAUCUCAGCUUCCUGUUUCAGAUGCUUUAAAUGUUCACAUGCCUAAAGACAGAGUAACUCAACAACAUCAGGGUUAUGGAUUUGUUGAAUUCCUAGGAGAAGAGGAUGCGGAUUAUGCUAUUAAAAUCAUGAAUAUGAUUAAAGUACAUGGAAAGCCCAUAAGAGUAAACAAGGCAUCUGCUCAUCAGAAGAACUUAGAUGUUGGAGCCAAUGUGUUUAUAGGAAAUUUGGAUCCUGAGGUAGAUGAGAAAUUACUGUAUGAUACUUUUUCUGCUUUUGGUGUUAUCCUUCAAACGCCCAAGAUAAUGAGAGAUCCAGAUACUGGCAAUUCAAAAGGAUUUGCUUUUAUUAACUAUGCAAGUUUUGAUGCAUCAGAUGCUGCGAUAGAUGCGAUGAAUGGUCAGUUUUUGUGUAACAGGCCAGUAUCAGUUUCUUACGCGUAUAAGAAGGAUGCAAAAGGAGAAAGGCAUGGCUCUGCAGCAGAACGGUUGCUUGCUGCCCAGAAUCCUCUAUCUCAAGCUGACAGACCGCAUCACAUGUUUGCCGAUGCUCCUCCCCCAGCACCUCUCCCUCCACCACCAAUCAUGCCGCCGCCCGUUUUCAAUCCUCCACCACCUCCUCCUGUCGCCCCACCACAUAUGCCGCCUCCGCCCUUGCCCCAGCGGAUGCCGCCCAACAUUGCUCCACCUAUGCCGCCGAUGCCGCCGCCGGGCCCACCACCGCCAGUUAUGUGGCACUACCCACCUCCACCACCGCCAUCCACUCCAAAAGCACCACCUCCACCGAUGCCCUGGAGGGGGCCUCCACCUCCUCCUCAAGGAUUCCCUCCAAGACCACCUUUUCCUCCACCUCCUCCUCCCUCUGCUCCAGCUCCCCCUCCCCCUCCUCCUAUAUAUUAGUAAAAUGUUUUAUAUUUCUGGAAGAUUUGAUUUUUCUGUUUUAUAAAAAUCUUUAAUAAACUUGCAAUGUGUUA